AUGGAAAUUGCCAAGAACGUUCGGGACUUCCUCGUGGGCAUGAAAGAGACGCUGUCGCCCGAGGAAGACCAGCUGUUGUCGAGUCUCCAGACGCUCCACGAGCAGUACUUGAACAUCAUGGACGACUUCUCGGUGCAAGUGAACGAGAAGGCGUUGAGCAUGAGCCCCGAGUCGCGCGUCGAGGCGCAUCAAUUGCGGCUCAAGAUUUACCAGGACUGGCGCGCGCGACUCAUGGAGUGCGUGUUUGACAACUCGAAAGAGAUUGCGUCGGUCGAAGAUGCCGAGACGCACGGACCGGACUGCGACUGCUGUUUCUGUGAGCUCACGCGGCGACUUGACAGCUACGAGGCCGUCAUGGCCGACUAUAUUCAAGUGAAAACACGGAGCAAGGACCCGGAGAACGACUGCGCCGAGUCUUUUCAACUGCCAGAGUUUCUGACCACCUAA